AUGCGCCAAAGAAAGGCCGCGCGGCGAGUAGGGCCAGUCCUCGUGGCGGCCACUCUCGUUCUCGUCAUUUACGUUCUAUUCUAUCCACGAGAUAGGCUCCGGAAUCCUCUAACAGGACAUCCGUCCACGGCGUCCUUUGACUGGAAAGGGAAGGCUGGCCUUCCGACUGGGCCGGCAUCUGAUUUUGACAAUCUCCACCUGGACGAGGCAGAAUGCCAGAGGACGUUCCCUGGCCUGACGAAAGAGAUAGAUCUGGCCGCUACAGAGGGCGCAUUCCAGCUCGGACUCGGCGAUGCGUCCGUCUCGCUUCUGGGGCAGAUCAAGGAUAACAGGAUACUGAUACUGCAAGCGCCGAGACCUGUAGACAUGUCAGAUCAAUGGAUGGAGCGACAAAGCGCAGCCCUCCACCAGCUACACCGCGCCGUCCUCACCUCGCCAACCCCUCUACCAGACACCUACUUCAACCUCUACAUCCAAGACACCCCCAUCAAACAUACCUGGUCCCACAGCCGUCCAGCACGGCGGACCUCGUCAUCACCUCCUCGACACAUCUUCCCCAUCCCCCACUUCUCCUUCUGGGCCUGGACCCAACCCUUCAUCCGCUCCCUGCCCCACGCAGCCGCCGCCAUCACCGGUAUCGAAGCCAGCCUGCCAUUCUCCGAAAAAGACGCCCGGGCGGUAUGGCGCGGCACGGCGUGGUUCAACAACGGCGCGAGCGCGAACCCCCGGUCCCGACAGGAUCUCGUCAAGCUCGCCAAGGAUACGGGGGCUUGGGCUGACGUGCAGGCGCUGGAGUGGAUCGACAACGGGGAGAACGCGACGAACGCGCUGGCGAUUGAGGAUUUUUGCAGGUACAAGUAUAUCAUCCAUACCGAGGGUGUGUCGUAUUCCGGGCGGUUGCAGUUUCAUCACCUUUGUGAGAGCGUGGUGGUGAGUCCGCCGCUGGAGUGGAUGCAGCAUACGACGCAUCUUGUUGAGCCGGUGUAUUCGAGGACUCUGCUACAAGACCAGUCAGGGUCUGAGGUUACCUCCCAGGCUAAGCAGCCGGACGAACAACACCAUCAACCUCUAAGGAGGACACUGGAGCAGUGGCCGGCGACGCUCCGUCCAGAGGAAGCGAACAUGGUCUUCGUCAAGGCGGACUGGUCGGAUCUGGAGGCGACGGUGCGCUGGUUGGAAGAUCAUCCGGAGGUGGCGCGCGGUAUCGCCCGACGGCAGCGGGCGUUGUUCUCUGGUCGCGGGUAUCUGAGUCCUGCGGCGGAGGUAUGUUACUGGCGGGCUCUUGUGAGGAGCUGGAGCCGGGUUGUACGUGUCGAUGAUGAUGUUGUUCGGAAGAGUGCUGGCGCGGUGAGCUUUGAGGAGUUUAUUGUGCGGUAUGGAAAGACGAGGAGAGGUCGUUGA